GGACCACUUCCUCUCAGUUUGCCCCACCACACUCACCGUUGACCUCCUCGAGGAGCGCCUCCUAGCAGCAGAGAAGAGCAUAGUCGCUGUAGGAGCCUCUCGUGGUGACCCUCGCACCCCCGUCUUUGAGGGGUGUUCCCCCUCCCCCCUCUUGCCCUCUGUUGCUUCUACUACUGCGGCUGACCUCGUUGGUUUCGAGUCGGUCGGCGCUGCGUCUGCCCCUAGCGGGAGACGCCGCAUCGGCAAGGACAAGAGGGGCAAGGGCGUUGGAGGGGCUGGCGGGGGCGGUGGAGGUGGUGGUGGAGGCAGUGGAGGGGGUGGGGGUGGUGGUGGGAGUGGUGGCGGGGGUGGAGGUGUCUGUGGCAGCAGUGGAGGCGGAGGAGGCGGCGGCGGUGGCGGAGGGAGCGGAGGCGGCGGAGGUGGCGGAGGCGGCGGAGGUGGCGGAGGCGGCGGAGGCAGCGGUGGAGCUGGUCGCGGCUCUGCGCAGAGGAGUGGCUCCGGUGGUGGUCCGCGCCAGCAGCAGCAGUGCAAUCGUGAGACCCCGUCCCCCCAGCAGCUUUGUGAGUGGUACGCUGGGCAUCAGCGAGGUGGGGGUACUGGUCCCUGCACCUACGUCCUCCGUACCGGCGACCGCGCUGCCAUGUAUGUUUUGUCUACUAGUGAUGAGGAUGACUGUUACCUGUGUGUUCCGCCUGACCCGGGCAUUGAGGCUGCUGCUCUAGGUGCUGGUGAGGCUGCUACUCUAGGUGCUAGUGCGUCUGCUGCCCCAGGUGCUGGUGAGUCAGCUCUCUCAGGUACCACGUCGGCUCAGGCCUUACACACCUUCACCCUUGACUCGGGUGCUUCCCGCUCCUUCUUUCGAGACCGCACCACGCUUACGCUGCUUAGUCGGCCGGUUGCGGUCUCCCUGGCGGACCCCUCUGGGGGUCCUGUCCUUACUAGCUUCUCCACUGUCUUACCGUGCUCGACUGCCCCCUCUGGCACCCUGUCAGGUCUCUACCUCCCCUCGUUCUCUACGAACUUGGUGGCAGGAUGUGCACUCCAGGACGGGGAUUGA